AUGGAUUCUAUUCAAACUCUAUUAUCUCUUCAAUCUUCUUCGCCCAUCUUCUUCCUUCUUCCAGCAUUGUUGGUUUCAUUGAUUUUCAUGUUCGGGCUGCGUCGGAAAAUCCCAUACCCGCCGGGCCCCAAAGGGUACCCGAUUAUCGGCAACAUGACGAUGAUGGACCAGUUGACUCACCGUGGCAUAGCUCAACUCGCUUCUCGGUACGGUCAGGCGGGUCUCCUCCACUUAGCGAUGGGAAAGCUUCACAUAGUGGCGGUGUCGACGCCGGAGAUGGCGAAGGAAGUUCUACUCACCCAAGACAUCGUAUACUCCAACCGACCGGCAAACGACGCCAUAGUUUAUUUAACCUACGAUAGAGCCGAUAUGGCUUUCGCCAACUACGGUCCCUUUUGGCGUCAAAUGAGAAAGAUCUGUGUUAUGAAGGUUUUCAGCCGGAAACGGGCGGAGUCAUGGGCUUCCGUACGUGAAGAAGUGGACUCGACAGUGGAGACGGUGAUGAAAAGCGUCGGUUCGCCACUCAACGUCGGCGAGUUGGUGUUUGCUUUGACGAGGAACAUAACUUAUAGGGCGGCGUUCGGGUCGUUUUCACGUGAGGGACAAGAUGAGUUCGUGAAGAUAUUGCAGGAGUUCUCCAAGCUUUUUGGAGCUUUCAACAUUGCUGAUUUUUUCCCCUGGUUGAGUUGGGUCCAUGGGACCGAGUUCCACAAGAGGUUGGUGAAAGCUCGGGCGUCGCUCGAUGGGUUCAUUGAUCAUAUUAUAGAUGAACAUUUGGUUAGGAGGAAUAUGGGUCAUGCUGAAAAACAUCAAGCCGUGCAUGAUGAUGACAUGGUGGAUGAAUUAAUGGCGUUUUACAGCGAAAAUGCUUCCAUAGGAGAUUAUAAUGACUCAUCCAAUUCUUCCAUUCAACUCACCAAAAAUAACAUCAAAGCUAUUAUCAUGGACGUAAUGUUUGGUGGAACCGAGACGGUGGCAUCGGCAAUAGAAUGGGCAAUGGCGGAGCUAAUGAAGAGUCCAGAAGAACUCGAGAAAGUUCAGCAAGAACUCAGUGAUGUUGUCGGGUUGGAUCGGGUCGUUCAAGAAUCGGAUCUCGAGAAAUUGACCUACCUAAAAUGUGCCAUUAAAGAAACGCUACGCCUACACCCUCCUAUCCCUCUCCUCCUCCAUGAGACCUCCGUGGACUCCGUCCUUGGCGGAUAUCGGGUACCGGCGAAAUCGCGUAUAAUGAUCAAUGCAUGGGCUAUCGGGCGUGACCCGUCAUCUUGGGAAGAUCCGGAUGUGUUUAAACCAAGCAGGUUUUUGGAUGGUAGUGCACCUGAUUUUAAGGGCAGUAAUUUUGAGUUCAUUCCAUUCGGGUCGGGUCGAAGGUCCUGUCCGGGAAUGCAACUCGGGCUAUAUGGGUUGGAAUUAAGUGUGGCUCAUUUGCUUCAUUGUUUUAACUGGAAGUUGCCCGAUGGAAUGAAGCCGAGUGAGCUUGACAUGAACGAUUCAUUUGGGCUCACUGCACCACGAGCGACUCGACUCGUCGCUGUGCCGAGUUACAGAUUGAGUUGUCCUUUUCGUGGAAAAUGAACGGGAUUGGGAAGGGAGAAGUAGAAACCAGACCAAAGCAGAGAAAAUUAAUGGGUUUAUA